UUACAGACUCCAAACACCAUGGGCAACCAGUCGAUUCUUCUCGUCGUCCUGUUAACUUUCCAACUGAUCACCACGUCGCUCUCUCAGUCUCAGCUGGCCGACCGUGAUCUCCCGGCGCUUAUCAAGAUCAGGGAGCAGUUCGGCAACCCGGACGCGUUCGCGGGCUGGCGGCCCGACACGGCCUGCUUCUCGUGGUCGCCCGCGUACUGCAACGAGCACGGCCGCGUCGCCAAGCUCUUCCUCUGGAACCUCAACAUCACGUCCACGCUCCCGCCGGCCAUCGGCGAGCUCGACCAGCUGGAGACCCUAAGCAUCAUCAACAUGCCGGGCCUGCACGGCCCCAUCCCGGACUCCUUCGGCAACCUCACGCACCUCUCCAUCUUCAACAUCAUGGUCACCUCCGUCUCGGGCUCCCUGCCGGCGUCCCUCUCCCGCACCAACCUCACCUCCGUCAGCUUCUUCCGUAAUAAACUCAGCGGCACGAUCCCCAGGUCGCUGCAGAAGCUGCCGUACCUGACCUUCUUCAACGCCGCGUACAACGACCUCGUCGGGCCGAUCCCGCCGCGGCUGGUGCAUGGCGGCACGCCCGACCGGCCGCUGGGCCUGAUGCUGGACAACAACCGGCUGUCCGGGAACAUCCCCUGGACCUACGCGUUCGAGAGGCACAUGAUGCAGUUCAGCGUGGCCAACAACCGGCUCACCGGCGACGCGUCGUUCCUCUUCGGGCGGCACAAGACGGUGACCGGGACCAUCGACCUGUCCGGGAACAAGCUGCGGUUCAACCUGACCGGCGUGGAGAUGCCCAUGCAACUAAGUUUCCUGAACCUGAGCCACAACCGGAUCUACGGCGGCGUGCCGGCGUCGCUGCGGGAGUCGAAGGUGUCGGUGCUGGACCUCAGCUACAACGACCUCUGCGGGGAGAUACCCACCGGCGGGCAUAUGGUGCAGUUCAAGGCGCAGGCGUAUGAGCACAACAAGUGCUUGUGCGGGACGCCGCUGCCGCCGUGCGCGAGCGGCCGCUGAGCCGAAGCUGUGUUUUUUUUUGUUAUCGUGUCAGUGCAAGGAAUGAUUCUUUGUUUAUGGGAAAACGGUCUCCCAACCGGUUCGGCCAAACUUGCUAAGCCCAAAAUCAAGGCAGCUCUAGGCCCUUUCGAGAAUAAUGUAAUGGGUGCUUGUAAUGUACGCUCGCCCGUCAGAUAAGGCGAUGCAAUCCUUUGGAUCGUUGCCAAGCAUUUGGAUUGAGUCGCCAUGCCAUCCAAUCCGAAAACCGAGCCUGACACCUUGUCGCUGUGUCGCGUUUCCAUUUAUGUA